AUGGUGACGGUGCUCGAGGCCAUCAACGAGCCCGUGCGCAUCACAGACGUUGUGUCCACUGUCGAGACGGGUCUUGUUGGCGGCGUCUCGGCGCCGGCCCCCGCGACGGCGGACGACAAGCUGCUGUACGUGCGCGCCGUGACCAAGGACGCCAACUUUGCGUCGGCAAGCGUGCCCCGUGUGUGCCCCGUGCAGUUUGUGUCCGUGGCCAAGCAGGUCGUAAGCGGCAUCAAGUACAUUUUUAUCGUGCGGGGCUGUCCUCUCGUGCCCGCGGGCCCGCUCAACAAUGUAUUCGACUGCGGGUGCGAGGCGCCCAAGACGUUCCGCGUCGAGAUCUACGAAGAUGCGACGCGCCGCAUUCAGGUCACAAACGCCGUCGUGCAGACCUAG